CGACUUCCGGGUCAGAGUGCGAAACGAUGGCGUCGUCUAAGCUUCGGCUCUGAGAGGCGGAGGGUGGUGAAGGCAUAAAAUUGGAAGAGAAGAGUCAUGGUGCAUCUCUCUCCAGCUUUGCAGAAAUAUUAUCACCGGGGCUUCGUGUGCAUCCGGCUCGCUCUGGGUGGCUGCACCAAUCGCCCGUUCUACAAGAUCGUUGCUGCACACAACAAGCGGGCCCGCGAUGGCAAGUACUUGGAGCAGCUGGGCUCGUAUGACCCCAUGCCUAACGUUUUCAAUGAGAAGUUGGUCAGUUUGAACUUGGACAGGAUCAAGUAUUGGCUGGGCUGUGGUGCGCAGAUGACGAAGCCGGUCGCCAAGCUGCUAGGCCUGUCUGGCUUUUUCCCUCUACACCCCAUGACAGUGACUGGGGCAGAGAGAUUCCACAGGAAACAAGCACUGAAGGCACAGGCUGCAUCAGAAGAAGAGCCUGUGAAUGUUUCAGAGGAUGAGCAACCAAUUGCCUAAAUGCUGGGGUCAGCAAGUGGCUCCUGGAGAUGGACAGUUCCAGUCAGCAAUGUUUAAUUGUCUGUAACAAGCUGAGGAGACGUCACAGCUGAUUCAAUCUGUAGCAGUAAACAAUGUUGUCACAGGGAUUAUUACCAAUCUUACCAAUGACUAUAAGAAUUGCACAUUAAAACCAGUGUCCUUUAA